AUGGCAGCCUCUCCCCGUCUCUCCAGCGCGGCCCUCCCCGCAGCCACCAUCCAGUCGCACGCCUCCAACCUGCUGCAGCUGCGUGACAAGACGCUGCUGUGCGUGUGGUUCGGCGGCUCGCAGGAGGGCCUCCCAGACAUCAGCAUCUGGCUGUCUCGCCAGGAGGCUGGAGAAAGCACCUGGUCUGCACCGCAGAAAAUCUCGUCUGCUCCCAACCGGAGCUGCCAGAACCCGGUCUUGUUCCGGGCGCCCAGGACGGGUGAUAUCUGGCUGUUUCACACGUCGCAGGAUGCCGGCAACCAAGAUGGAGCUGUGGUUAUGGCCCGCACGUCGAGUGAUAACGGCGUUACAUGGUCUGAGCCUCAUUAUCCUCUUGGGGACAAGACUGGUGUAUUUGUCCGCCAGCCACUUGUCGUUCUCCAAGACGGAACGUGGGUAUUGCCCGUCUUCUACUGUCGAUCCACGCCCGGACAGCGAUGGAUUGGCAACAACGACAUCUCUGGCCUCUUCUACUCUCGCGACGACGGCAAGACAUGGGCAGAAAGCAUUGUCCCCGACAGCGUUGGAUCCGUUCACAUGCAGAUUGUCCCUCCUGCAAAGGAAAACCUAGGUUAUGUCGCUUUCUUCCGCAGCCGCUGGGCCGAUUGCAUCUACCGCGCAACAUCUCCCGACGGUCUACACUGGGAGGCUCCCAAGGCGACCAGCCUGCCCAAUCCCAACAGUGGCAUCUGCGCCGCCCGUCUCCCGUCAGGCAAGAUCGCGCUGGUGUUCAACAGAUCCGCCUCGGAGCCUCACCUGGCCAGACGCGAGGGCCUGUACGACGACAUCACGCCCGAGGACGACACGCGGCCGAACCAGGCCGCCGUCAACGGCAAAGUGGCCGUCUGGGGCACGCCGCGCAAGACGUUGACGGUGGGCAUCUCCGACGACGACGGCGUGACGUGGACGGAGAGGGUGCUGGAGGAGGGAGAUGGGUUCUGCAUGACCAACAACUCCAAGGAGAAGACGAACCGCGAGCUGAGCUACCCGAGCAUAUGGGCUGAGCAGGAGGCUCCUAAUGCCCCGGUGCACAUUGCUUUCACUUUCCACCGGCAGUACAUCAAGUACGUGAGGAUCCAGAACAUUGAGCAGUGGGUUGGGAGUUCGUAG